CGUCAUGGACGUGCCUCGGAGGCAGCAGUCGCGUUAGUAAGGUUUAAGGGUUGAACUGUCCCGUUCGUGGAUACGGUCGCGUCGUCGAGCUGUAUUAGCGCAUUGAGUGUCUUUUUUAAAAUAAAAAGGAAAGAAAAUACCUGCGGUAUCUCCGUGUCACCAAUCACACAUUGUAGUCCAGUGUAGAUUUCCGUUUGCUUUCUGGCUGUCCGACAAAGAUGGACCAUCACCAGGCAGCGAGCCGAUACCGAGUGUUGCAUAACGAGGACGAUCCCUCUGAAGCGUCAACCAGCGCAGAGGCCUCCGCAUCCAGUCAGGCGGCAGCCCUUCCUGCCGAUCCCGGCCUGUCGGUGGAAGCAGAGGCCCCGCCCCCUCCAUAUACUAGCGUGGCUAUUGGAGCGACAGCAGCACCAGAGAAUGGCUUCCAGGGAGACUUCCCAGUACCGCCCCCUUACAGCGUGGCGACUUCCUUGCCCACCUACGAUGAGGCAGAGAAGGCCAAAGCAGCUGCCAUGGCAGCGGCGGCAGUUGACGUGGCGGCAACAGCACAUAGGGAGGAGGAUAUUCCGCCCCGGGAAGAUGUCACUGAUGCCGACCAGCUGAGAGUUGGGAAUGAUGGGAUUUUCAUGUUGGCCUUUUUCAUGGCUUUCCUCUUCAACUGGAUUGGCUUUUGCCUCUCCUUUUGCCUGACCAACACCAUAGCGGGCAGAUAUGGUGCCAUUUGUGGGUUCGGGCUCUCCUUGAUCAAGUGGAUUCUCAUUGUCAGGUUUUCAGACUAUUUUCCUGGAUAUUUCAACGGUCAGUACUGGCUCUGGUGGAUAUUCCUUGUUUUGGGUCUUCUGCUCUUCUUCAGGGGAUUUGUGAAUUACCUGAAAGUGCGCAACAUGUCCGAAAGCACGGCAGCACCCCACAGAACCCGUUUCUUCUUUCUGUACUAGAGGGUCUGCCAAGAGAUUUCAUCAGUGUCAGACUGUGCGACAAUGCCAGAACUGGAUUCAGGUCACUGGACCCUCCUAGAUUCACUACAGUGAACCAAAAACAGAAAUGUAACACAUUAAAAAUAAGUACGGAUGAAGUAUAAUUUGCUGUCACUAACAUAGCCAUCUAUUCAGUUUUAGGUUUUUGAAAGGAGGAAAAAAAAAAAAAAAAAAACUGUAUAUCUAUGUGAGACAAAACCUAUCAAACCUGCUUAAUGUCCCAAAAGAAAAAAGGCAGUUUGUAAAUGAGCAGAUUGUGUAGUAAAUAUACAGAAAAGUACAAAAAUGCAAUGAAUGAAUCUUAUGUCUUACAUAGUAGUUCAUCCUUGGGACAUGGUACAUAUUCCGUUAAUGUGUUGUUUUUUUUUUUUUUUUUAGACAGGACCUUGGAAAUUGCAAACUUUGCACUCUUUGUCUGCUGUUUAAUAUUUGCUUUUAUUAAUGAGGGGUUUUUAAACCUUAAACUGAAGUUUAUGCCAAUUUGUAUUAUGAAUGCACUAUUCAGGAAUUUUUUUUUCUCCCCCUCCAGACAUUUGUCUGGCUUUUACAUUGUUGAGCAUAAAUGUACAGCUUUGCCAAGUGGUUUAUGAACUGGAAUUUGUACUUUUGAUUAUACUUGCCUUUAUGCCUUUUUUCUUUCCUAAAAGGGAGCUUCAGUAGAGUUUGUAAUUUGUAGUGUAGUUUGUGUAAUGACAGCACUUUUACAGUCUUCAGACUGGUUUUCUGUUUACCUUCAGCAAAAUACAAACAUAUAUGUGCAAACAUACAAACACAAGAUGUUCGUUGUGAUUUGGUGUCCGGCCUAUGAGAAAAAGCAGAGAGCGGUUUCCUUUUCAGCACAUUUUUGUCACCUUUUGUUUCUUCUUGUACUUUAUUUGGUGACAAUGGGGAAAAGAAAGAAACAGCUUAAUUCUAGUGUCCAUUUUCUGUGUGAAGGAGCUUAGAAUAAGACAUGAGAUUUUAUAUCUAUAAAACAUCUUGAAUUAUACAAUUUUAAUCUGUCUCCAUCAUAUAUUCUUUAAAUACAGUAGCCUGAAGUGACAGGCUCUAACCUUUAUUUGAUUAUUCAACAUAUAUCAAAUUUCUUCAUGUAUCAUUCCAUGAAACCAUGUUUAGCAACUUUACAGUCUUAAACAAGUAACAACAAAUGCAUGAUUAACUUGAGCUGGCUGAUAUUACAAUGCAAUAUUAUAGUCUUAAGAAAAACCAACCAAAUUGUCUGUUUUUUGUUUGAAAUGAUUCUGAAUUUCUCAACUUGAAACGGUUAUGUAUGCUUCUUGUAAAUUUGACAAGGUCUGCAAAAUGUCAAUAAAUUUCAAAAUGCA